AUGGGAGUUGUCGCUUAUCCUACAGUGAGGUCUUCACUGCCCCCUCUACCUACAGCCCGACUCCCCGCAGCAGCUCGCGCUGGUGUCCCCCGGUCCUGCCACCGCCGCGGUGCCCCGCUCCCGCCCCAGGAGAGCACCCUCUUUAAACGAAUAAUAAAGUGUUAUGGACAGAAGCAAUAUAAAAAUGGCCUCAAGUUUUUUUGCAAGAUGAUUCUUUCAAACCCUAAAUUUGCUAAACAUGGAGAGAUUUUGGCUAUGAAAGGUUGAACUGGUUAAGAAAAAAAAGCAGCAUGUGAAUUUGUAUGUAAAGGCCUUUGUAAUGAUGUCAAGAGUCAUGUCUGUUGGCAUGUGUAUGGGGUCCUGCAGCGUUCUGAUAAGAAAUAUGAUGAAGCUAUUAAGUGCUACAGAAAUGCUCUCAAAUUAGAUAAUCUGCAAAUCUUGAGGGAUCUCUCUCUGUUGCAGAUCCAAAUGAGAGACCUUGAAGCUUACAAGGAGACAAGAUAUCAGCUUCUGCAGUUGCAUCCAACACAGUGUGCUUCCUGGAUUGCAUAUCAUUUGCUGAAAGAUCAUGAUAUGGCACUAAAACUUUUGGAAGAACUUAGACAAAUUCAGCAAGAUGUGUUGAUCUUAAGGAUAUCAUUCAUUGCUCUAGUGGACCUUGUAAACCCAAAUAUAUUUUUUGAGUUCUCGCAUGAUAUGCUGGAUCAGCUUGGCAAUUUCUAUGAAAUGUUUGCUGAGAUUGUGGUAGAAAUUGCAUUUGAGGAGAAUUUAUGUGUGAAGUGUGGUUCCUCUCAACAAAGUAGCCUGAAUAUAGCGAUAAUGCAUGAGAAUCAAGUGAUGAAAGAGGCAGAUCUAUUUCAAGAAUGUUUGGAACAUAUAGAAACAUGUAUGAAACAAAUAUGUGAUAAACUUUCUGUGGAAGAAAUUAAGGAUAAAUCCCUGUUGUCCAUGCUGGGCUUGAACUUGGGCUCCAUUGAUCUCUACCACAUCUCUCAAGCAGCUGGUGAAAAAUUUAGAGAACUAACAGAUAAGUUCCUGAGGGCAAACUUCAGUAAAGGCUACCCACCCUUGUUUGGUACCAUAUGGUACCAGGAAUCAAUCUCAGUUUCUAUAAUCCAGGAACUUGUUACUAAUUGUGAAACCUCUCUUAAAACAUGUAACAUUUUUAGCUCUUAUGAAAAUGGUGAGAAGGAACCCCCAACAACUCUACUCUGGGUUCAGGAUUUGCUGGCACAGCACUUUGAUAAACUUGAACAAUAUUCUUUAGUUUUGGAUUAUAUUAAUUCUGCAUUUGCUAGUAUUCCAACUCUAAUGGAACUGUUUUAUAUGAAAGCAAAAAUUUACAAGCAUAUGGAUAAUCUCAAAGAAGCUGCAAAGUGGAUGGAUGAAGCAUAGUCUUUGUAUACAACUGAUAGAUUCAUCCAUUGUAAAUGUGCAAAAUUCAUGCUUUGAGCAAAUGUGAUAAACGAGACAGAGGAAGUGUGCUCCAAGUUCACAAAGCUUGGACUUGUGAGAAGAGCUCUGAAAAAGUAUAAAUUAGAACAGAGAAAGUAUUCAAAAAGGGAUCAUUAACACAAUGAAAAAGUCAAAAGAAGAGAUAAUGAAGAAAAAUCCAGUGGUCUUAAGGAAGAACUUAUACCUGAAAAAUUAGAAAGGAUCAGACUGACUGAGAUUGUCUCUUUGCCUUCCCACCUAAACGUCAGUUAUGAGGACUUUUUCUCUGCCCUCCGCCAGUACGCGGCCUGGGAGCAGCGCAUGGGGAAGUCUAAACUGAUGUAUUUUCUGGACAAGUCAAGACAAGAGAAAGCAGUUGCUAUAGCUGCUAGACUAGAUGAAACUAUAAAAGAUAAAAAUUUUGGAAACUGUAGUUCCCAGUAUGAGGAAUACAGGACAGCAUGUCAUAACCUGCUUCCUUUUACAUCUGCUUUCCUGCCUACUGUGAUUGAAGUCCAUAGUCCUAGUGCAGCUCUGAGCUAUGCAGCUAACUAUGGUGUCUUGGCAAAUUAA